UUUUAUCUUGUUUAUUGAUGUACCCUUUUCUCACGUUAUUCGACGCAUACUUUUCACUUGUUUAUUGCUCAAAUCUUUUUUCCCACCAUUGCCAGCUUUUUUACCCGUUUACGGGACCAUUUCUGCUUACCUUUAUUCCAACCAUCGCCAAACCCUUUUCACCCAUUUGCGGUCCAUUUAUGCUUACCAUUAUUCCAACUAUCGCCAGACCCUUUUCACCUAAUUACAGAACCUUUAUCGGCUGGCGCCUAUAUGAUCUCGCGCCUAUUCUGCCGGCGCCUAUUCGUUGCGCCUGUUCGGAACGCGCCUAUUCGGGCGUCUCCGUAAAAAUAUUAAUUUUUUUAAUAUUAAAUAUUAAAUUAUUUAAUUUAAAUAUUUAA